GCUUUAUUGUCCCGGAUCUGUUGCUCCUGCUCUGUCAAGUCCUUUUAUUGAUAUUAUCAACACGAUCCAUCUCAUGCGGGUCACUUCUCCAGUUACUGAAGUGGAUGUUACACAAACUGUCUAAUUACAGAGGUGUGCUGGGGAAGCUGAUGUUGGCCGUCCCUGCCCGACCCUCCGCCAGCUCGUCGGUAUGGAUGAGGAAACGCUGGAGGCGGCGAUCGCCGCCUACGCCGCCCAGCUGCAGCAGGUGGAGGCGGCCCUGACGGCCGGCCUGGACCCCGGCCAGCAGCCCGAUCUGCUCCAGCUGAAGGAGGACCUGGGCCAGCUGAUCGAGCUCACCGAGGCCAGCCUCAUGUCCGUGAAGGCCAGCCGGCUGCUGGCCAGCCUGGAGGACGGGGACGGACGGACGGCCGACGCCUCGGAGACGUCGGCCGGCGGCGGCGGUGCCAACGGCAACGACGAGUUUGCCUCCUUUUACGCUGAACUGGGGGAGUCUUCAGGGGCCCAUCGGUACUCGCAGAGGGACUCGACGGGGGAAGGAGCCUCGGGGGGGUUUGAAGACGAGGAGGAGGAGGAGGAAGAAGAGGAAGAUGAUUAUCUUAGUGGCACCAAAGUGCGAGCGCCGUACAGAACGACGUGGGGGACGCUGGAGUUCCACAACGCCAUGGUGGUGGGAGGAGAACCGCCGGACGGAGAGGAGCAGCAGGUCCGAGUGUUUUACCUCUACCCCACCCAGAAGGCUAUGAAGCCCUGCCCGUUCUACCUAGAGGACAAAUGUCGCUUCCAGGAUAACUGCAGGUUUUCCCACGGAGAGGUGGUGUUUGUGUCCGAGCUCCGAGAGUUCCUGCAGGGUGACCUCAGUCACAUGGAAGAGGGAUCGUCCUGUUUGACACGACAUGAAGACGGAAUCUGGUACCCGGCUAAGAUAAGAGAAAUUGACAGCGGUUUCUACACUGUGAAGUUUGACUCUGCGCUGAUGAAAGACGCGGUGGUGGAGGCCGACGGCAUCAUCCCUCCUCUGAGAGAAGACGAUCGUCCUUCCUCCUCCUCCGACUCCGACCCGGACGACACUGGAGACUUUGUGGGAUACGCCAAAGUUUUAGACUCUGAGGAAUCCACGGUGACGUCAAACCCUGCUGAGUUCGGGGGCUGGGAAGCUCAUACGAGAGGGAUCGGGUCCAGGCUCAUGCUCAAGAUGGGCUACGAAUACGGGAAAGGAUUAGGGAAGAUGCAGGAGGGUCGAGUGGAGCCGGUGACGGCCGUGGUCCUGCCCAAAGCCAAGUCCCUGGACGAGUGUGCCCUGCUCACCCAGAGACGCACCAAGAGCAAGGCGGCGAAGAACGGCGUGCAGACGGGCCGGCCGAGGCGGCGGAGGAGGCGCCGGGCCGCCGCCGGGGACCGCCCUAACGUUUUUGACUUUCUGAACAACCAGCUGGGAGGCAGAAACUCCGGCCCUGCAGAGGGCGCCGCUGCGGCGGCGGCCACCGGGCUGGAGGCGUACAGGGGAGGACAACACACCAAGAGGAGGCUGAACGUCAGGCUGUUCCAGGCCGCCGAGAGGGUGUCGCAGACGGAGAGGGAGAUCCAGAAACUGAGCGAGUCCCUCAGCAAACGGACAGGGAGGGAUCCGUCCACGCUGAAGCAUCUGGAGGAGAAGCUGUCGGCGGCGCGCCGCCUGCUGGCCCAGCAGAAAGCCCAGGAGCUGUCGGUCCAGCGGGAGCACCGGAAGGCUGACACGCACAAGAAGAUGACCGAGUUCUGACCCCACAUCCUUCACUGCCUUCCCAAGCUUUUCUGGCUUGUUAUACAUUUUUGUUCCUCGCUUGUUGUCAGUUUGCUGCAGUUUUUUUUUUUUAAACAUUUUUUUUUAGAAUAAUUUGUCAUCACCGAUUUGAGCUGACGGAUUUUAUUUUCUGAAAAGUGGAUGAUGUGCAUUAUGUUUUUUUUUUUUUUUUCUGCUCACCCUGGAUGAUUGGAUUUACACUGUAAAAUCUGCAAUAAUAUUAAAAAUCAAUUAUUUGUUAUGAGCAAUUUUAUGUACCAAAAGUAAACAUGUUU